ACACACACAUCUUAAACGUCUAACGAGUAAAUUUGUUAAUUAACUUGCGACAUGACACUUCAGAAAUUUUAUUUAAAAAAUUAAAAAUCUGUUUGAUAUACCUUCGGAAAUUGCAUUCGCACGAUUGCAAUUUCAGUAACUGUAAACGUAUUAAAUAAACUGAGACAGAUUUUGUUUGUAUUGUUCAAGCUUCUAUUGAGCUAUGAAGCGUAAAUCUAUUGUGACGAAGACUGAAGAAGUUGAAGUUGUCGAACCUAUCACGCCAUCACGACAAUCUGCGCGACUCAGGAAUAAAAAACUUGGUAAAACGAAAACUCCGUCGCCAUCGCCCAAAGCGGUCAAAACAAGGAAAUCAUUAUCUUCUGUCAAUAAAAGUGGAAACGAUGCACCAGGAAGAAGUCCCAAGGUCAUUGAAGUCGAGAAGAAAAUGAUUAAGGGUGUGAAUAGCACAGUGAUUGAAAAGGAUGAGGAAAAUGAAGAAGGUUCUAUAGAUUCUGAAGAAGAUUUUGACAUGAGCGAUGAGGAUGACGAUGAGGAGUUAGAAGUAGAAAAGGAGUCCGGGAAAGAGAAUGCUGUAAGUGUUAAUAGCUCAGAUGAUGACGAGGAGGAGGAUGAUGUGGACGAAGAUGACGAGCAAGAUGAUCAUGAGGAAGAGGAUGUGGAAGACUCCGAAGAUUCAUCGUCAGACGACGAUGAUGAAGCUGAAGAAAAAACACCAAAUUUUGAUUUCAGUGGGGUUGAGGCAGAGUUGGAACAUAUUUCUGAAAAUAGCUCGGAAUCUCCUCAUCCAAAACCAAAUCCUCUAAUUAAAUUAAGCAACGGAAACGACGAUGAGUACGAUUUCGAUUCAUCUGACGAAGAAGACUUGCGCAACACUGUUGGCAAUGUUCCUUUGAAUUGGUACGACGAGUAUCCUCACAUUGGUUAUGAUUUGGAUGGAAGGAAGUUGAUUAAACCCAAACUGGGAGAUAAGCUGGACGAUUUUCUACGUCGCAUGGAAGACCCAGAUUUUUGGCGUACAGUAAAAGAUAAGCAGACGGGUCAGAAUGUAGUACUUUCGGAUGCUGAUUUUGAACUGAUUCAACGCCUCCAGUCUGGAAAAAUUCCAGACGUGCACUAUAAUGCAUUUGAACCUUGGAUUGAGUGGUUUUCGUCGAGUGUGAUGGAGACGCCAUUGCGAAAUAUGCCCCCAUCGAAGACGUCAUUUCUCCCAUCUAAAAUCGACAAGAUGAAAAUUUCCAAAAUGGUGCACGCGAUAAAAAUGGGGUGGAUGAAGCCUAAACCCAAAAAGUCUGAUGAACCACAGUUUUACAUGUUAUGGGAUUCAGACGAUAAGGCUGAUGAGAUGAGAAGGAUUCAUGCACACAUCCCAGCUCCCAAGAUAAAGCUUCCUACAAAUGCGGAAUCGUAUAAUCCUCCGGCCGAAUAUUUGUUUGAUGAGCAAGAGAUGAAGGAUUGGGAGAAAAGGUCAGACGAACCUUGGAAGAGGAAAUACAACUUUAUUCCUCAAAAACAUAAGCGACUUCUUGACGUUCCAGCAUAUGAUAAUUUUAUCAAGGAGCGUUUCGAGCGAUGUCUCGAUUUGUAUUUGUGUCCACGUGCAAAAAAGAUGCGACUUACUAUCAAAGCAGAGGAUUUGGUGCCACAGUUGCCAAACCCGAAGGAUUUGCAACCUUUUCCAACCAUAUGUUCUAUGGUGUUCAAGGGACACACUAACAUGGUUCGUUCGCUUAGUUUGGAACCAGGGGGUCAGUUUUUGGCAUCAGGGUCAGAAGAUGGAACUGUCAAGAUUUGGGAGAUCGCUACAGGGCGUUGCCUCAAAACUUUUGAAUUUGGGGAAUCUUGUGUUGUUCGAAGUGUUGAGUGGUGUCCAAAUAAGUCCUUGUGUCUUCUCGCUGUUGCUGCUGAAUCAGACUUGUUCCUCAUCAAUCCUGGAGUAGGAGACAAACUUGUCGUUAAAAAAACGGAUGCCUUACUCCAAGACGGUGUAGAGCAAGGGGAUUAUAAAGCAAAUGAGAAAGUUGCCAAUGCCGUAACAUGGGAACCAGUCGCCACAGAUGAUUCUAAGUGGGCUAAAGGCACGCGUAUCAUCAUUCGACACUUUAAGCGCAUUCAUCAGGUCACUUGGCAUGGGAAAGGGGACUACUUUUCUACUGUGAUGCAAGAAGGUCAAAACAAGUCUGUACUGAUCCAUCAACUCUCUUCGCGGAGGUCCCAACUGCCUCUCAACCGAUCCAAGGGACUUAUUCAGUGUGUGCUGUUCCACCCCAUCCGACCAUACUUUUUCAUUGCAACUCAACGCCACGUGCGAAUUUACAACUUGGUACAACAAGAAAUGGUGAAAAAGUUAAUGACUGGAGCAAAAUGGAUUUCAAGUAUUGCUAUUCAUCCAGGUGGAGACAAUGUCCUCGUAGGGACCUACGACAAGAAAGUCAUGUGGUUUGACCUAGAUUUGAGUACGAAGCCCUAUCAGACGAUGAGGUUUCAUGGAAAUGCUAUUCGGAGUGUAGCCUAUCACAAGAGAUAUCCGUUGUUUGCUUCAGGAGGAGACGACUGUAGCCUUAUCAUUUCUCAUGGAAUGGUGUACAACGAUCUCCUUCAAAACCCACUAAUCGUUCCCGUCAAGAAACUUCGUGGUCACGAAAAAUUUAGCGACUUUGGAAUCCUAUCCGUCAUUUUUCACAACAUGCAGCCAUGGGUUUUAUCUUCUGGAGCUGACAAAACCAUUCGUCUAUUUACAUAACAAUAAUUAUGCAUAUAUUGUAUCUGUUUACUUUACAGUGUAAGUUAUGUAAAUUAGGAAAGAAUAUUAAAUCAACCGAUCGAUAAAAGAUA